CGAGAGAAAAACUUUCUACAGGUUUAGAAGGUGAAGGGAGAAACAGAGACCAGAUCAGAUCAGACCUGAGACCAGAUCAGACCAGAGACCAGAUCAGACCUGAGACCAGAUCAGACCAGAGACCAGAUCAGACCUGAGACCAGAUCAGACCUGAGACCAGAUCAGAACUGAGACUCAGAUCGGAGCCAUGAAUGCAGACUGAAGCUGCUGCGGCUCAGAACCUCAGAGAACCAGGGAGAACCAGGGAGAACCAGGGAGAACCCGUCCCUGGUCCUCAGCAGCAGGUAACCUACCUGAGCGCGUCCUGGGUUGAUAUUAGCAGUCGCGUGACGCAGCGGAGCACCUGAGAGAGCUGCAGCUGGACACAGUGCUCCUCCGGAGACCACCAUGCCGAUUGACAUGGCCUUACCUCUGUACCUGUCCACCGAGGACUUCGUCUACAGGACGCCUCCUAACAGCUGUUCACCUGCUCUGAGCUCCAGCCUCAGGUUCCAGCCGCCGCAGCGCGUUGAGCCGGCGCCGGACGUCGGACAUUCCUCUGCCAAAGACACCAGAAAAGCUAAAAAGCAGGUGACGUUCGCCGAUCACAGAGGUCUGUCUCUAACCAGGGUGAAGGUCUUCUCCCCGUUCAACGACCCCAUCGACAUCCCGCUGAACGUCCAGGAGGCGCUGAGCUCUGCUGCGUCUCUGACGGCGGAGAAGGACAGGCUGGUGCUGGACUUCCCUCAGCCGUCCUCAGACUACCUGCUCUUCCGUCAGAGCCUGAACAGGAACCUUGUGUGUCUGGAGCACUGCGUGCUGAAGGACAAGGGUUUAGCGGGAACCGUCAAGGUCAGGAACGUGUCCUUUGAGAAGUCCGUGAGGCUGCGGGUGACCUUUGACACCUGGAAGAGCCACACGGAUGUGGACUGCGUGUACGUGAAGGACACGUAUCCCAGCUCGUACAGUGACACCUUCUCCUUCGAGGUGUCCCUGCCCGCGGAGCUGCCGCCUCACGAGCGCGUUGAGUUCGCCGUCUGUUACGAGGUGGGGGGGCGCCAGCACUGGGACAGCAACUGGGGCGACAACUACAGGGUGCUCUGGUCCUCCAUGAAGAGCCACCGUCAGGACGCCGUCAGCCACCGCACAAACUCCUUUGACUUUGGGAUUCAUUUCGACCGGUACGGCAGCCCCACCUGCUCGCACGGGAUCUUCCCUGAUUGGCCGAGCUACGCCGGGUACGAGGACAUCGGCCCGUACUACUGACCCCCAGUUUUUAAACGUGUUCACGAUGCUGCUGAAGGUCACGAGUACGAUUUGUCCGAUGCUCAUCGCACACCUGAACUCUUCAGGUCUCAGCCACAUGUUGGUGGGCGGGGCCCAUGGGGUCACCUUUAACUGAUAACUGAUCAAUUGAUUAAUCUAUAGAAUGUCAGGAAAAUAGUGUCAGAUUAGUUUCCUGAUCCAGGACCUGGUCUCCACAGUCCUCUCCGGCAUCUUUAGCAUUAGCUUAGCUUUGUUGUUGUUGACACUGUUUCUCUGUACAAUCACACAUGAGUAUGAGCUGGUGCAACAUGAGGAGACAGAAGAAAUCACAGACGACCAACAGUUAAAAUCUUGUUUCCAGCUAAAAGAUAGAAACUAACUAACGAAUCUUUUCAUUGUUGGUUAAUUACUUGUUGAACUGUCUCCUCCCUGGACAUCCCAGAUGAAGACGAGGACAGUGUGUGUGUUUCACCCAGGUCUUCUUCCUCAACAUUCAUCUGUUCCUCAACCAACAAAGACUAAUUAUCAUUGUCAUUAUUUACAGUAAUAAUCCUGACGAGCUGAUUCGUGGCUGUAGAACACUUCACACUCACUUCAGGUUAAUUCAUGGACUUUAGAUGAUGGUGGUUGUUCUGACUGCGGCUGUGGAUCAGUGGAGGAGGAGGAGGAGGAGGAGGAGGAG